CAGUAGGACGUCUCGGAAAGGGUAAACAAAAAGGAAGGAAGCCUUCGGCGACACAAUCGCGGCAAAAUUGGUUUAAAAUUUUAGCUUCCAAGCUAUAAGUUAGCCGCUGCAUGCAUCUUUUCGUCGCUUAGACUGCUUCUGUCGGUGGCGUGCAAUCAUGGACGACGCGUUACUGUUUCGUAUGAGUGCGUUUUCCGACCAAGGAGGGAGAAAAUACAUGGAGGAUGUUAUCGAGAUAAGGAUCGAGUACGAGCCGACGGCGUCAGCAGACGAGGAUUAUCUGAAGUCGCAGAGACAUGGAGGACAAGGGAAAGCUGAGGCUGAAUCUAGCAAACAGACAGUAAUUGAGACCCAUGUUCAGUCAGGACCUGGCACUGCGGCGUGGGUAGAGACUUUAUCCAACGAGGACAUUAGCAGCAUCAGUACCUCAGRGCCGGGCGGAAAGGACGCGGGGCYUAUUGUUGACACUCGGAAGUCCGUGGCGUUUUUCGCUGUGUUCGACGGCCACGGGGGUCGUGAAGCGGCGCAUUUCGCGAGCGAGCAUCUGUGGGAUCUGCUGAAGAGACAGCGGGGCUUCUGGUCGAAGGAUCACGGUGAGGUGUGUGCCGCUUUACGGAAAGGCUUCAUCGCCUGUCACCACGCAAUGUGGAAGGAGCUGCCGGAGUGGCCCAAAACUAUCACUGGCCUUCCCAGCACAUCAGGCACCACAGCCAGCGUAAUCGUGAUCCGUGGAGUUCACAUGUACGUUGCCCAUGUAGGGGAUUCAGCAGUGGUGGUUGGAGUGAAGGAGAAUGACUCUGACAUCACGCUGCAAGCACUGGAAAUCACACAAGACCAUAAACCUGAGCUUCCUAAAGAAAAGGAAAGGAUAGAGCGCCUAGGUGGCAGUAUCAUGAAGAAAUCUGGGGUGAAUCGUGUCGUGUGGAAGAGGCCCAGGCUGACGCAUAACGGCCCCGUGAGGAGGAGUACCGUCAUWGACCAGAUCCCGUUUCUGGCUGUAGCUCGAUCUCUUGGUGAUUUGUGGAGCUAUGAUUUCUACAGUGGAGAGUUUGUCGUCUCCCCAGAACCUGAUACCACAGUGAUGACCCUCGACCCCAAACGGCAUUCCUAUAUCAUUAUUGGCAGUGACGGACUGUGGAAUAUGAUGCCGCCCAAAAAUGCAGUUAACAUGUGUUACAGUCAUGAUAAAAUGGUGGGACCAAAGGGAAUGUCUUGUGCCCGGAGGCUAGGAUGCACUGCUCUCCUGUUUUGGAAACAGCGCAUGCUCCGAGCAGACAACACAACAGUCAUCGUGCUGGCCCUGCAGGAACGAGGAGGCCCACCCAUCCCUAUGCACCGAGAUGAGAUCGUUGUUGACAUGGCUACAGGAAUUGACCAGAUUCCAUACCCCGGAACACCCUAUAAUACAUGCGAGAUCCAAAAGCUGGAUACACCCUCCCCAUUCAAAGACAGUUCCACUCCUCUGGAGCAGGCGUUCGGUCUGUACGAAGCAGCUUUCUGCACCACCACACAGCUCCUACCUGAUGCAGACCCCACGCCGUGCCCUUCAGACGGUUCAGGGAAUGUUUUUGAAAAACAAGACCCAACCACCCAGAUGGACUCAGCUACUUCUGCUCCUCUUGGGAAAAGAUCACGCCGUUCUUUACACAGAACCCCCGAACUUAAAGGUCCUUAUCAUCGCCUCGGCCAGCCCCCUAACAAAAGUUCUUCCCAGAAGACACUUAACAGUGAAAAGGCGAGCGAACAUUCCCCYCAGUCUCACGAUCAAAAUAUAGAAACGAGUUCCCCUAAGGAAGGCGACAUCCUGUCACAGCACCACAACUCUGCCUUGUGUGUGUGCUGAAUCUCAUCUCUGCUGGCAGGGUGACCACUACAAAAUUAUAGAUCUGCAUUGUGUCAGCUUCGCUCAUCAACCAGGUGUGGCACUUCCUAAAUGCAUACUUUUAUAUAAAGUCUUUGUAAAUUUGUAAAAUAUUGUUCUCACCUGCGUUCCUGUUCUUUUUUUUUUUAGUUCGUCUUCUUCUCCCCGCUUCCUGUUUACAUUGAAAAUUGAAUAUCCUCUAAUUGCUGCCUGCUCUAUUUUUGUAUUUUUAAGUAUGUACAGUUUAUCCAAAGACAUAUUUUUAAGCAGAUGCAUCACUGUAAUUUGACCAAACUUAAAUUUAGCUUGUGAUCUCCCAGUUUAGUGUUUUAGUGUUAUUUUUAAUCUGAAACAAUGAACCAUUUUAGAUUUAUUUUACAUGGUAAUGGCAUGUAAGUAGAUUUUGUUUUCUGUCAUGAUGAAGGUAAAUAUCCCAAAUCAACGGUUUGGAUUUUCAAAACAAAAGUGCUGCCAAGUCUGUCUGUUAUGUUUUGACUCCUUGGCAAGCAGGGGUCUGAGGUGGUUAUGCUGGUUCUGAAUUUAAAUCUGAUAAUUUUUUGUUUUCAUCUAAUUUUGAUCAGCCUAUGCCAACUAUUGAACAGACCUUUCAGAUCAAAUAGAAAAGCAUUAUGUGAUUUAAUCCCAUCUGUCUGUAAUGUAACUAUUGGAUUUGAGUGAACUGACCAGUCAAUGGUAUUUUAUGAUUUUUUUGUACUUUUAUAUUGUUCCAUUCCAUGCGCCUUCAUUAGUUUAUUUUCCAUUUUAAGAACUGUUAAUCUAAAAAAGCCUGAGCCUCGUUAAAUGUCCCUUUAUUUGAUCCARGGGAGCAGUAAAAGAAGUUGACUUUUGGUAUUUAUGAACUGUAAAAGAUGAUAUUCGWAAUGCACUACACAACUUUAGCAUGUCUUCCUUUGUUGUUGUUUCUUUUGUGUUUUUUACUUGGGAUUGCAACUCUUUAUUGUAUGGAAAGCGCCAUACUCAAAARUGAUUAAAGUUAUAGGAGCUCAGUUGCUUUAACAACUUUUUUUAUUAAUUAAAAAAAGUGGUCAUGGUUGCCUUAUCACACAAUUAGAGGUGUUAUUUUUAUUUUUUUAUAUAUAUUUGAGACAAAAACAUGAAUACUUGUUCAUAUAACUGUGGUUUUGCCUCAGCCGUUUAUCAUUUACAUUUAUCUUUCGUUUUCCUGUUUGACUGCAGCACAGUAAACCCGCUUCAUGUGCUUAAUGCUCUCUUAUUCAGAGCUAAUUUUGUACAGUAAGUCAAUAUGCAACAAAAAUAUGUACAGUACAUUAUUAUGCAAAGUAUCUGGGGUUUUCAGGAGUUUGGCAUGUUCAGAUCGACUGUAUUUUGUGAAUUGUCCACAGGUAUUGAAUGUUAAUGGGCAUGUGGUGUGUUUUAACAAUACCAAUAUUUUUGUCUGACUUUAUAUCUACUGUGUCUGAUUUUUAUUGUUUACUAUAUAAAAUAUAUACUUGAAAUGUGAGUAGAUAUAUAAUGUAUGUGUGUUGUAAUAAAGUUCUCAUUUUUUCA